AUUGUGACUUGUGAGAAUUGACAUAGGAUCGAUUAUAAAAAUGUGAGACAGUAAUUCAAGUGAGUGUAGUGUACACAAGAACAAAAAAAUAAUUAAUAAACCCUUCUAAUUUCGAAAAGUGAUGAAGGCGCGCGACCAUGGUCGAUGUCGCUGAGGAACCUGCAGCUGCUGCGGCCGCUGGACAUGGGAUACCGGCAGACGCCGCUGCGAGCGCCGCCCACCGCGCUCUCCAGGACGCUCAGCAGGAGCGCCGAGGCCUUGGCCGCCGCUAAGAGGAGUAAGGAGCCAAGCCGCAAGACCCGCAGCACGGAGAAGGCGGGGCUGGUGAAGGGGUCUAGCUCGCUCGGUCUGCCGGCGCUGGUGAGGAACCGGAGCGACGACAGCCUGAGGACGAGGAAUGGCAGCGGCAGCAGCCGCGCCGGCAGCGCGGACCGCAGCACGCGCGGCUCCAGCACCACGCUCAACGGCGGCGACGAGGACAACAUCAACGUCGUGGUCAGGGUGCGUCCUCUCAACGAUAAGGAGCGGGCCGUCAGGGACCGCGAGGUGCUGGAGUUCCCGGGCAAGGGGCAGGUGAUCUGCGCCGCGCCGGGACAGAAGCCCAAGGUGUUCUCCUACAACGUGGUCUUCGAGCCUGCUGCUACACAGGAGGACGUGCUGGAAUAUUCAGGUGUGAAGCGUCUGCUGGAGAUGGCGGUGGAGGGGUUCUCGGCGACCGUGCUGUGCUACGGGCAGACCGGCUCCGGCAAGACGCAUACACUCACCGGACCGCCCGGCCUCGUAGAGAGCGGCACGUCCCCGUACUCGGAGGAGCACGGCCUGGUGGUGCGCUCCUUUGUCCACCUGUUCCGGCUGAUGCGGGACCGACCCGAAUACGACUUCGUGCUGAAGGCUUCCUACCUCGAGAUAUACAAUGAAAAGGUAAUAGACCUGCUGAAUCCGGGCAGCGCUCGCAAGCCGCUGCAGGUGCGCUGGUCGAAGCAGACGCGCAGCUUCUACGUGGAGAACCUCUUCACCGUCGACUGCGAGGAGCUGGACGAUCUGUUCGCCGUUCUGGAGGAAGGCAUGCGAAACCGAGCUGUCGGCUCACACGCGAUGAACGCCACCUCCUCCCGAUCCCACUCCGUAUUGAGCGUGAGGGUGACCCGCGCGCCCAGCGGCGGGGGACCGGCCACGAGGGGCAAGAUACACUUCGUGGACCUAGCCGGGUCGGAGAUCACCAAGAGGACCCAUAGCACCGGCAAGACUUUGGAGGAAGCGAACAAUAUCAACAAAAGUCUGAUGGUGCUAGGGUACUGCAUAGCCCAGCUGAGCGACGGUCGCAAGAAGGGUCACAUCCCGUACCGGGACAGCAAGCUCACCAAGCUGCUGGCCGACAGCCUGGCCGGGAACGGCGUCACGCUCAUGAUAGCGUGUAUAGCCCCGAGCAAGUCCAACAUCACGGAGACGAUCAACACGCUGCGUUACGCCGCCAGGACCAAGAAGAUCAAGUCCAAGCCCGUCGUCAAGAUGGAUGCUCGCGACGCUCUCAUCUUGAGUCUGAAGCGGGAGGUGGAGGCGCUGCAAGCGGAGAACCAGCAUCUACGGGCGGCGCUCGUCACCGCAGACUAUGACACUGACGGACGCCAGCUAAGUUCCCCAGUGGACAGCGACAAGCUGUACACUCUCCCCCGCGGCGAGCUGGUGCAGCUCACCCGACUCCACAUGGCAGAGGAGGCGGCGCUGAGGAGGGAGAACGCGGAGCUGUUCGCGAUGAGGGACCAGCUGCUGCGGGACCACCAGAUGGUCAGCCGGGAGAACGAGAGGCUGCUGAAGAAGCUGGAGGACGUUAACUCGGUAUGUGUUCGGUCACCAAUAAUCCCUGCAAGGCCAGCGUACUCUGACGCCAACGUUGAACCCAACGUUUGGACCAAUGUCAUCAGCGCCACCAACAGUGUAACUAGCGAUAAAAAUUAAAAUAUGAGUUUA